UCGGAAAAACAUUGCUGGGAUCAUUCACGAAGGCAACCACAGUGAGCCUUGAACUACCCUUGAACUACCAAACUCUUUCCUAGAAAGCCUUGAAGCGACUACCGUCAUGGCUGCAAACAGUACAGCCCUUUAUGGUGUUGGAGCCACUUGGAAAUCUGGGAUGAAUCAGUCCAUUUUGCUCAACGGAGCAGACAACUCCUCCUGCCCCUGGCCAAAGGAAUGGCAAUGGCUCUUGGACAUCCAGCCUGUGUUCCUCUGGCUUCUUGCUGCCGUGGGAGUGGUGGAGAAUGUGUUUGUCCUCAGUGUUUUGUGUUUCCAUAAGAGUCGGUGCACAGUGGCAGAAGUUUACUUGGCCAACUUAGCAGCUGCUGACCUCCUGUUGCUCUGCGGUUUGCCUUUCUGGGCGAUCAAUAUAGCCAAUAAUUUUCAUUGGCCAUUUGGGCUCACCCUUUGCAAAGUCAUCAAUACAAUCGUUUAUAUGAACUUGUAUUCCAGCAUUUAUUUCUUGGUGAUGGUGAGCAUCGAUCGCUACUUGGCCUUGGUGAAGACAAUGUCUCUGGGACGUCUGCGCCGAGUUUGGUGCGCCAAGUGGAACUGCCUGGUCAUUUGGAUGUCUGCUCUGUUCCUUUGCUCUCCUGUUCUCCUGUUCCGGUCAUUAAAGUAUGAGCCUGACUAUAAUGCCACAGCCUGUAUUCUGGAGUACCCGUCUCUUGAUCAGUGGACAGUCAUCACAAACACUUUACUGAACACAGUGGGCUUUCUCAUGCCUCUCUCUGUCACCACCUAUUGUACAGUGCAAAUCAUCCAAGCUUUACGAAACAGCAAAAUCCAGAAGAUCAAAGCCUUUCAGACAGAGAAAAGAGCCACAAUCCUGGUUCUUGUGGUCCUUCUUCUGUUUAUUGUCUGCUGGCUUCCUUUCCAGAUCACCACGUUCUUGGAAACAUUGCAUCGCAUCAAAGUCAUCACUGGUUGUAGGGCUGAACAAGCCAUUGAUGUGGCUACCCAGAUUGCCACCUAUUGCAGUUUCAGCAACAGUUGCCUGAACCCAAUUGUGUAUGUCAUUGUAGGCAAACAUUUUCGAAGGAAGUCAAAGGAGGUCUAUUUUAGGAUGUUCCUUAGGAGACCUAGUGCGGCACCAUCUGUCCACAUAGUGACUUCCAUGGAAACUCUCCGAACAUCCUUUUCAGUGGAAAAACAACGGGAAAAGUCUGCUGUUAAUGUGGCCAACACUGGAACAAAGAAACUUCAAAGGGAGACUGGAGUAUGAAACUGCAAGCACUAUCACUUGUGGACUGAACUGGGACAAAGCUUUUAAAAAAUAAACAAAUAAAUCGUGUGUUCAUUGGCUUACCAAUGCCAGGAUGCCUAUGUGUCAAAUCUCUCUCUCUCUCUUUCUCUCUCUGUGUAGCCCCUGUUAAUAACAU